CAACACUGGCGUCCGGGCGCUGCUGCGGUACCAGUCGUGACCGCCCGACUGCUCGCCUUUCUACGCCUCACAGAUGUAAUUCGUCGUGGACCACCGACUAGAACCGUACAAUUCAGAGUCAGUUACAACCGGGAAACGGUUUGGACUCAUUCUUACUAUCAUACUGUCAAAAUAUCAGCGACUUUUUCGAAGUCACCCGGACAGCUAAUGCGCGUUAGCAGGUUAGAUGGGAUUUUCAGGGGCGCCCAGACAUGAGCAUCCUCACGAUGUUUUUGCGCUUGGAUCAUUAGUUUUCUAGCUCGACACCACAACAGGUGUUUGACUUGGCUUUAGAAUAAUCAAAAACAUUGAAAUGUAGACACCUGCUUGAUGGAUUGUUUCUCGGAGGAUCGCUGAACUGAGCGCUGCUGAGUUGGCUAACUGGAAGGAGCUGCUCCUUAACUUAACCUGAAGUUUUUCUGGACUUAAAAGGACUCCUGUCUUUUUUUCUUCAGCCCUGUCAGGGGGUAAUAGGACUUGAAGUUUUGCGUUACCGAUGCACAACGAUAUACAGACGUUCAUUUGUAGUUCCGGCCAAAUUAAGGACCCUCCGGUGUUUUGCCACCCGGCCUAAUAAAACUUGGAGACCUCGGACUCGAUUUCGCACAUCUGUGCUGGGAACAAUAUUUUACCACAUAUAUAUAUUUUGUUUUUCGUCAGCUAACGUCUUCAAUUUAAGAAAUCUAUCUUCAAAGCUGGUAUUCUGUCUGUAAUUCCCCGAAAAAUCACCAGUUUAACUACAGAAAAUAACAUAGGAAGUUGAGACUCAGUGUUGACACCCAACCGGUCGUCGACUUUUUGAAUUCACUAACAUUUGUUAGUGUUUUCCGACGCGUGUUCCUGGUGAAAUCAAGCAAGCAAACUAUGUCAUCUUAACUGGUUUGGUAUCCUACACAGAGCUCGGGGUGGCUCUUUAAAAGUUGGACUUCGGACACUUCUCAUCGUGCUGUGCCGAUGUCACAUUUGAUUGAAUUUUGAGCGCACAUUCAGUUUCAUUAAAUAAACUGUCCAAUACAGUCUGAGAUGAUGUCGACCAGGACACCGCUGUUACAAAUUGAUCAGUCUCACUCCGACUCAAAACCCGGGGGGCGCUCUAACAUGCCCCACUCCACGGCAGAUGAGCAGCCCCACAUCGGCUGCUACAGGCUUUUGAAAACUAUUGGCAAAGGCAACUUCGCCAAGGUCAAACUGGCCAAGCACAUCCUCACUGGAAAAGAGGUGGCGGUGAAAAUAAUAGACAAGACUCAGCUCAACUCCUCCAGUCUUCAAAAGCUAUUUCGGGAAGUGAGGAUCAUGAAGCUGUUGAAUCACCCAAAUAUUGUGAAGUUAUUUGAAGUGAUCGAGACGGAGAAGACCCUCUACCUGGUGAUGGAAUAUGCUAGUGGAGGUGAGGUGUUUGAUUACCUCGUAGCCCAUGGUAGAAUGAAAGAGAAAGAGGCCCGAGCCAAAUUCAGACAGAUUGUGUCAGCUGUGCAGUACUGUCACCAAAAGUGCAUCGUCCACAGAGACCUCAAGGCGGAGAACCUGCUUCUGGAUGCAGACAUGAACAUAAAAAUUGCAGAUUUUGGCUUUAGUAACGAGUUCACACUGGGCAACAAGCUAGAUACAUUUUGCGGCAGCCCUCCCUAUGCUGCCCCCGAGCUCUUUCAGGGGAAAAAGUAUGACGGGCCGGAGGUGGAUGUCUGGAGCCUGGGGGUCAUACUGUACACACUGGUCAGCGGUUCUUUGCCAUUUGAUGGACAGAACCUAAAGGAACUGCGUGAACGGGUUUUGAGGGGCAAGUACAGGAUUCCCUUCUACAUGUCCACAGACUGUGAGAACUUGCUGAAGAAAUUCCUCAUACUCAACCCAACCAAGAGAGGGAGCCUUGAGCAGCAAAUCAUGAAGGACCGGUGGAUGAAUGUGGGCCAUGAAGACGAUGAGCUGAAGCCCUACAUCGAACCCCAACCUGACUAUAAGGACCCUAAGAGGACAGGUCAGCACCCCAGCAGUGCAGGGCAUUGGAGGAGAGAUAUUAUGCUACGGAUGGGAUAUUCUCUAGAUGAGAUACAGGACUCCCUUAUCAACCAAAAAUACAAUGAUGUCAUGGCAACUUACUUACUACUGGACUAUAAGAACUCAGAGCUGGAUGAACUCUCAAUAAAGCCCCGUCUUGGCACUGACCUCACAAACAAUGCUCAAUCACCUUCCCACAAGGGACAACGCAGUUCCUCCAAUCUAAAGUCCCGCAGAUCAACAGACCAAAGUUCCUCUAGUUCCUCCAAGCGUCCUCAGGGUGACAUUAAGCACAUUGCUGGUUCAUGCAGCUCCACUAAAGUCCCUCCCAGCCCACUGAUCUCUGGAGACCAUAAAAAGACUCCUACCCCUUCCACCAACAGCAUCCUCUCUUCAGGCACCAGCCGCAGCAGAAACUCUCCAAUCACUGAGAGAGCCACUCUGGGAGUACAGAAUGGCAAGGACAGCACAGCCCAGCAGAGAGCACCAGUGGUGUCUCCCUCAGCACAGAACAUAAACAUUUCCUCAAUGGCAGACCGUACCAACUUCUCCAGAGGGGUGACGAGCAGAAGCACUUUCCACGCAGGCCAACAGAGAGCCACACGAGACCAGCAAGCCUCAGCGUACAACGACCCCUCUGCCUCCCCUUCUCUUUCCCAUGGCAAUAGCCAGGUGCGUCGUCCCGGGACAGGCAUCUUCAGCAAGUUUACUUCCAAAUUUGUACGCAGAAAUCUCUCAUUCAGAUUUCCCAGAAGGAGUCCAUAUGAGGGAGAGGGUCAAGAUGAGGCCAGCAGACCCAUGUUGAGCACAGCAGACAAGAUGGAGAAAGGGCUGCCAGGAGACGAAAACAAGGACUCACUGUCUUCCUCUUCUCCAGCAUCCAGCACCCCUUCAUCCACCCAGGCCUCCAAGGACACCAAACCACGCUCCCUACGCUUCACCUGGAGCAUGAAGACCACCUCCUCCAUGGAGCCCAAUGAAAUGAUGAAGGAGAUCCGUAAAGUUCUGGACUCCAACAGCUGCGAGUACGAGUUGCGUGAGCGCUUCAUGCUCCUAUGUGUUGCGGGCAACCCCACGCACGAUGACUUUGUCCAAUGGGAGAUGGAGGUGUGCAAGCUACCCCGCCUCUCGCUCAAUGGGGUGCGCUUCAAAAGGAUCUCUGGCACCUCCAUCGCCUUCAAGAACAUCGCUUCUAAAAUUGCCAAUGAACUAAAACUGUGAGGAUGAGGAUUUCAGUGGAAAAGAUGAGAUCUUAAGGAAUGGUUGCAGCCUGUAAAUUAGGAAUGAGGAGGCACUGUGGAAAUAAAUCAUUAGAGUUAUAAGCUCUAUGGCAGCAAAUAAGAGUCUAGAGGCUGUAAAGGGGGAGAAGGUGGAAGACAGGUUUGUGGGGACAUUUGUGCAUAUUGACAUUUUCAGGGGGUUUAUUUUUGGGGGUCUUCUGUCUUGGUUUUGGUUUUCUGUUCCUUUAUCACCCCCUCCUCCCUACUUUGAGUUACCCUUUAUUUGUGGCAAUCUUGUUCAAGUUUUGUGGUUUUUCUUGGACCUCACAAUUGUCCUCAGUUCAGAAAGAGUAAAGAGACAGUGACAAGAGGUUGGUGUUAACUGGAACGGUUUUCCAGAGAUUUCUAUUGAAACAGAAACCAGCUACUGUCAUUGAAUGCUGUAACUUUCCCCCCAUACCUUGAUCCUUAUCCCUUGUUCAACCCUAAACACAAACAAUGGUAAACCACCGUAUUACUUGAUUUUGCUUCCAAUUCCAGGUUACCUGUGAUGAGCAGAGAGAGAGAGAGAGAUUGGCGAUCUGACACAAUGUACAACACAAAAUAAUGAUGGGCAUCGAAAAUUCCAAGUGUUCAGGCACAUUCAGUAGAGCUGUAAUUGAGCGUAUCAUGCUUUUAUUGGUUCUGAUUCAGAAAAGCUUAUCUUUUACCUCUGGCCCUUUUCUACAUCACAAUACAGUGUCUUAUUUAAGCAGAAAUGGAAGUAUUGACUUGAACCAUCAGUGCUCUGGAGGUGAAUCACCUCAUAGCACUAUACCCAGACAAUUCGUUUUUUGUUGUUGUUUUUGUUUUUUUCCCCUCUACUGCAGGGGUUAUAUAGCUGAAACUAAUUAAGGGCCAAUUAAGUAAUUAUUGGUGGAUUGUAGUGUAAUUAAGAAUUGCUGGUUGGAUCUAAUCUGCUGCACUGGAAUGAGUCUGUUUCGUUGCCUUUCUCUGGAGAAGAUAAUUAUUAAUAUUAUUAUAUGAAUAAACCAGAAAUGGGUUGAUUUGUGUUCAA